AUGCAAAUCCACGACGCCCACUCGCCCGCCGAGCCCUUGGACUUCCUCCAGGCCUGGGGAGCCGUCCACUCCACCGUCAAGGUCCACCAGCUGGACACGCCCGCGCCUGGCCAGCCCACGCCAGCACUGCUCUCUGCCGUCCCGCGGUCCCCCGCCGUGCGCGAUGAGGCCAUCCAGGCGCUCCUGGGCGCCGGCGUGUGCAUCUCCCUGACGGACGGCGGCGUCUGCAAGGCCACCGCGGUGGGCGAGACUGCACGAUGCAACCGGAUGCCGCCUACGCCCUCGGCCCAGCGUCGCGUCGCCCUCCGUGGGGACCGCGUCUUCAAGUUCGAGCCGCCCGGUGCCCAGCUGCAGCCGUUCAGCUUCACGGGCUCCUGCCGCGGCGGCAUGACCGCCGGUUUGUUGAAACGGGUGCGCCACGGCCUGGACGUGGACGGCCCCAACACGGCCGACCUGGGGUGCAAGAAGCGGCGGCUGAGGACCGAGCUCAUCACGAGCCGGCUGUCCCACGCGUACUCGCAGCCCGCGACGCACAUCCUCAACCGCGAGGGUCAGAAGUCGGGCGACAAGCGGUUCCUCAAGAUGGCCACCUCGUCCGUGGCGCCCGUCGCGCGGAGGCUCGCCCAUCUGAGGGCAACGUCGUACAUACGGUACUCGACGAUGAACCGCCUGAGGCAGAGGCUCGGUAUACCAUGGCCAAUGAUGAUACCGGUGACGGUCCCGGAUCCCGGACAGCCACAGGCAGGUUCGGGGACGCAAAAGGACGCCGAGAAGGACACCAAAGAAGUACCCACGAGCUUGUUCGAGCUCAAGUCCAAGACCCAGUGGCGGCCUCCAUCGCUGCUCACUGCUUCGCGCGGGCAGUUUGUUCCGCUCGAAGUAAAGGCUACAAAUCAUAAGCCUACCUUGGCCUCAUCAGCUGCUACGUCGUCACGGACCCAAUCUACGCCAUCAUCUCAGGCUCCCGCGUCCAUGCCCUCCCGGCCGCCUUCAUCCUUCUCGUCUCGGCUACCACUGGCCUUGCCGCCUCGGCCUCCAUCGGCUUUGCAGACCCGGUCCACACCCGCCUUGUCCCAAUCAGACUCGUCACCUUCCCGAAACAACAAGGCCCUUUCGCCCAAACCCGUAUCGUCCUUGGCCCAUGCACCUGAUGCAGGGGCGGCAAAGGGCACGUCGUCGUCGGGACCUGCUCGCCCAAUCUCCUCGCCUGAGCGACCGCCCUCCUUCUACGACAACCUGGAGGAAGACAGCUUCGCGUCGCGUCACCUGAUCGACGACGACUUCAACGACUCCGUGGACGACCCAGAUCAGGUGUACUCGGACUUUAGUGUAAUAUUUAGUACUAACAAGAAAAAGAAGGGCAAGAAGAAGAAGGCAGACGGGGACUGUACGGGCGGCGAGGAUAACGGGGGCGAGGGGAGCGGUUCGGAGGACGAGGACGGGUCAUACGAGGAGUUUCUGGAUGAGCUCGACGGCAUCUCGUGGGUGGCCUUCUAG